UGCUCCUGAUAUCGAGAGGCUCGUUAUCAGACGGUGUUCAGUGGCUACGUGUCCGCAACACAGUUAACACAAGUUAAAAUCAUGUCCGAGUAUCGAGCAGGUAAAGCCGGCAUCAACGCCGAAGCGCAAGCGAGAAUCAAUAGCAAAUACAACGAUGAAAUCGCGCAAGAAACCCUCGAAUGGAUACAGAAGAUCACCGGUUCACCAGCGAACACGGCUGGUGACGCUGAGAAUCUGUAUGAAGUCCUCAAGGACGGCACUCUCCUGUGCCACUUAGUCAACAAGUUCCAAGAGGGCUCAGUGAAGAAAAUCAACCAGUCAACAAUGGCAUUCAAGUGCAUGGAAAACAUCAACGCUUUCUUGGAAGCGGUGAAGAAACUUGGCGUGCCGUCACAGGAAACUUUCCAGACUAUCGAUCUGUGGGAGAAGCAAAAUCUUUACUCUGUGGUCGUAUGCCUACAGUCCUUGGGCAGGAAAGCCGGAAACUUUGGUCUGCCGUCCAUGGGACCUAAAGAAUCUGAGAGAAACGUUAGAGAGUUCAGUGAGGAUCAACUAAAGGCGGGCCAGAAUGUCAUAUCGUUGCAGUACGGUUCCAACAAGGGGCAGCAGAGUGGCAUCUCGUUCGGUAACAGACGCCAAAUAUGAUAACGUGUUUAGUAUUAUGUAAUAUAUUCUUUUUGUA